AUGGGUGACUCGGACAGCUCGAAGAGACCCCGUGUCGACGGGGAUCAACAGGACCUCAGUCGUGUGUAUGAAAGAGCUCUGGCUGAGGCAAGCAUGCAGCUUAGAGGACAGACUGCACUGCGGCUCCCCUGGGAAAAGGGCAUUUAUGCUGAAAUCUUCAGUGGGAGUGAGCUUCCGAAGAUGCCUUCUUUGCCUGUUCCUGCAGUUUUACCCGCUGGCGAUGUCACUAGGCCAGGGGAUAGUCGCGAGAAGGUCUUGAAGCGUUCAUCCGAUCCUUUGCAGAAAUUCGACAGGGCCGUCUUUAAGCAGUGCAUCAAGAAGUCAACUGUUGAGGCUGGUGGACGGUCUAACACUGACAGGGAAGCAGUUUAUCGACGGUGGCUGUGUGUCAUUGGUCACAACCUGGCUGGUUCCCAGCUUGGUAAAAUUAUUUCGGAAGGGGCCGGCGAACCCCUUCAGUUGAUCUCAGAAGCUCUUGAGGGAAAGAGCACUAGCACAUUGCUCAACAGGGUUCGUUUCGUGGCCAGGAUUCUUACUUGGGCAGCUGAGAGGAGUUACACAUUCUUCCCUCUUAGGCUAGAUCUGGUGCUUGAGUUCAUGCGGACCCUUGAGACUUACAGUGGAAAGUCUCAGUGUGGCGAGACCAUCAACUUCUUGAUACAUGUUGUUGGUAUUCACUCGGAACCUGAUAUCCUGAAGCAUCCAGUCAUCAAGGGCCUCCUUCGAGGCUCCCAGAUGACAGGAAUGGACGUGAAGCAAUCUCGCGUGCUGACAGUUUCCGAAGUCCUAGCCCUUGAAGACUUGUUGGGAGACGAGUCGUUGGACCCUGUUGACAGGUACGGUGCUGGAGUUUUCUUAUUUCAGAUUUACAGCCGGGCGAGAGUUUCUGAUAUCAGGAACAUACAGCGAUUCGAUGUUGACCUCGAGGGUAACGAUGGAUACUUGGAAGUGAAAACCAUGGACCAUAAGAAUGCUAAGAAGGGUAGGGGUGAGGCGGUCAGUGCAAGUGAGACAACCGACUGGUUACGAGGGCUGCUGUCGCGCGCAUUGGGUGAUUCCUUCAAGGAGGGAUUAACAUCACAUGGCUUGAAGGCCACCACUCUCUCGUGGCUCACUAAAGCAGGAUUUUCUGAUAAAACUUGUCUUAUAUUGGGGCACCACUCUCGCGGUAAGAAGAAAUCUCUUUAUACGUACGGGCGAGACGUACAGGCCCGGCCGUUAAGGGAGCUACAGGAAUGCAUUGGGCUCAUCAAGCGGCACGUUUUCCAUCCAGACUCUACCCGUAGCGGCAUGUUCAAGUCUGUGGAGCAGUCUGAGCAAGUUGCCAGCGGUAGUGAUGCUCUCGAGGAUGCAGCUAAGCAGUUCAUCGCGGCGGUCCCGGCUGAGACACCAAUGGAGCUCGGCACAUUUGGCGAGGACGAGAGUAAGCAAUCAGACUUAGAUGCCAUCGAGGGUUACGAUGACGGUGGUGAGCACCAGGCGGCUUCAAGUGAGUCGGGUUCAAGCACCACGAGUUCUUCGGGGUCCUCUGAUGAAGCUGUUGAUGCGUAUGAGAGUUUUUCGGACGGGAGGGUUCUGGAUAAAGUCAUCCCACCCCUGGGUGUUGAAGUGGACUUGGAUGUCUUCCAGAACCCAAAGACCAGAUCGUUGCAUACGCGGGCUAAAGGUUAUUUCGAUCUUUCAUUUGGCACAGGCCAGUGGAGACUUAGGUCCUUAGCAGACAUGGCGGUGCCUCUGACUGAGUCCAAAGCUGUUUUCACGGAACGGUGUGAGUUGGCGGGGCUACCUGUUGCCACCAGAGAUGUACUUGUCGGCAAGAAUUUGAAUACCUUGGCUAGCCUGGCAUUUGCAGCGGGACAGCCGGGCGAGAUGCCCACAGAUGCUGCUCUGACCUCGCUGGCAUGUGCAGGGGAUGAAGAAGUUCCGAUUGCGACAUUGGCAUCAUUGAGGCGCCUCGUCUUCGAGGCUCAGUUGCUCAUGACUGCACAGGUCAAGCAGCUCAUCGAGCAGCGAUCCGACGAUCAGAAGGCCGAGUUAGCACCGGCAGAGAGGACCGAGAGGAUUAAACGACAAGCCGAGCGUCUUAGCGGAGUUGCUCUUCGAAACGAGACUGAGUGUUCCCAUGGUUCAUAUGACUUAGUGAUGCGCAUGGUCCAAGAAAACACCAUUUCGUAUCUUUCGCCAGCUCGUUUCCCAUCUCGGCAGGCUGAAUUGAGGCUUGAUAAACCCAAAAAGGAAUUGGAUGUCGUGAACUCGAAGAUCACCUUGAAGGAUCAGGUUGUCGAUCUUCAGUGUCAGCUGAGUACGCCGCUGUGCCUACAUCAUGCUCUUCAUCGGCGAGCCCUAGCGAUGGACCUCGUAGGGAUUUGCAGUUAUCAUGUGAUCAUGGAGUUCCAUGAGUACUUGAUGUCGCACCUCACAGUGGAACCACCGCCGGGUUACAAUCACGUCACCAUUCAUCAGGUUUUGUCUGCAGAUCGUGCAGCUUGGCUUCGCCUGGCGGAGAAGCUCCCUAAAGGCCUUCGAGCUGGAGCUGAUGGCAAGCUUCCACUUGACCUCGAGUUGCCGUUGCUUCAGGGGGAUCCUAAAGUGGCUUUUCACCUUUUGCCAUUGGGUUCUUCUGCUAGUUCUAGUGGCGGCAAGCGACCACAUGAAGAGACACCGGUGCCCGAUCCCAAGACCCCUCGGAAGCAGUGGAAAGGUUUGGGCAAGGGCAAGACCAAGAAUAAGACCAUCCCUAAGUCUAUGAGGGCUGCACCGCUGCUCCAGCGGGUGGUCGCUGCCCGCGACCUGCAGGUUUUCCUUGAUCGGGCGAAGGCCCGUGUGGCAGGAGUUUCGAUUGAGUCGCUUUUCGGCGUGGAGGUUUUCGCUGGGUCGGGUCGUUUGACUAGUGAGCUUCGACGCCUGGGGCUUUGUGAUAGCGUUGGUGUCGAUAAAAGUGUUGGCCGAUGCUUGAUUGCACCAGUGCUUCGCCUUGACCUUUGUGAUGAGCAGGCAUGUGAACUUUUGAUUCAAAUGCUUGACAAUCCCCAUUGUGCUUAUUUGCAUGUUUCGCCGCCAAUCCCAGGGCGGCAAAAUCGCAGUCUUGAGCACCCGGACGGGUGCCCAAACAUGAACCAGACAUCUGCAAUUUUCGAGGCCUCGCGGAAUUCCUUGUACGAGCUCUGCGGGAAACUCUUUGGUAUGUGCUGGUCGAGGGGCGACCUUAAGAAACUGGAAUCAUCUGUGAACAUUCCAGCCAAUGCUAGGCAGCUGCUUGGGGUGAAGGAGCCUGCUCCAAAUCCGGAGCCACCGCAAGUCCCUGAGGGCCCUGUUCAAAAUCCAGAGUCAUCUCGAGCCUGUGUGGACUCAGCUUUGCACCCUGCCGAAUCUUUUGCCAAGAAAUGCCUGAGCCAGUCCUUUAUCAAACCUGAGGAUGUUGUUCAGUUCACGAAACUUUUGGAGUCGGAGAAGCCGGCUAGGGGUUGUGAGAUUGACGGAGAAUUUUCAUUCACGGUCGGUGCUUUCGUUCACGGGGGCGCCUAUGGCCUUAGGAAGCUCUCUGUCAGUUUCCCUCUGACGACCCAGGUGUUCACUAGGUUUCUUCAUCGGCAGUGCCCAGAUGCUGUCUUCACUAGCCUUGCGCUCUUGAAAAACAUCCAAACCAGGAUGCACAUUGACCCCAACAACUCCCUGCCAUAUUUGAACACAGUGGCCAAGGUUUCCGAAUUUAAGGGAGGGGAGCUGUGGGUGUGUUCCGACCACGGUACCGAUCUUUGUCCGGACCCUGAAUUUCAGCAUCUUAAAGGAUUGAAGAUCCCUUUCGAGGGCAAUGUCAUUCGGUUUGAUUCGCACCUGCGGCAUUGCACUUACCCUUGGUCCCAAGGACCCAGGGUGGUGCUUGUGGGUUUCGUGGUCAAGGGGCCUGAGCUUAUGCCGGCAAACCUUUGCGAGAACCUAGUGUCCCUAGGAUUUCGUAUGCCCUUGGAAGCUGCUCCCCAAACCAACCAUAGCUCCUCACCGGCAGGGCCCGAGGAGUCUUCUUGGCAUAGGGUUGUGGUAGGCAUUCCUUGGACCCCAGACGAAUUUAUCUCCCGAGCUCUAGCUGCCAAACAUCCCAAACAUUUGUUCACCGGUCUUCCUCCCGAGCUGCAGACGACACUUGACAUUUUAACAAGCAAAAGCCCUGCCGAGAUCGGGGCCACCAGGACUGAGCAGCUCAGGAAGUGGGUUGGCCGCGUUCAGGAGUUGGCGCCUGUGGAGCAGGCGAUCAAGCAGCGCAUGACUGAUAACUGUGCUAAAAUUCUUCGAAGCAAGAGGCUCGCGGUCUUCAAAGAGUUGCUUGAGGCCAGCAGUCACAAGGACGAAACAAUAGUUGCCGACAUCGCUGAGGGUUUCAAGCUCAGCGGCCCCAUACCUGCGUCUGGGGUCUACAGGCGGGGGAUUGUACACUCUACUAAGGGUUCUGGAGAUGCCGAGCUUGACCGAGCCACCAUCGAGGCCACUCGCGAUGAGCUUAGGUGCACAGAGAUCUAUGGACAGUUGGUAUUGCCCUUUGGGGCGCGGUCUAGCGUGCAUUCUUUUUGCAAGACCUCGCUUGGAAUAUGGAUUAUUGGGGUCCACGUUUUCCUGCUCCAUUGGGGCGUGUAUUUCGAUGACUUUGUGGGGUCAGAAGAACCAUGCUUGGCAAGGUUGUUUGAGCUGUGCGCCGAUGGACUCUUCGCUUUGUUAGGCUGGGCUACAUCUUCGGACAAGGCAUCAGAAUUUGACACCAUUGCUCAGGUCUUGGGGCUGAAGAUCAACUUGGGCGAGGCUUCGCUUGGAUUUAUCUACUUUGAGAAUACCGAGCAUCGGCGUGAUCACUUGGUCGCCACCCUCAACGACAUCAUUGAUUCAUCGUUCCUCAGUCGCAAGGAUGGUGAGCGAUUGCGUGGCAGGCUUCAGUUUGCUGAGCAGCAAAUUUCCGGUAAGAGAGCGGGAUUGGCCUUUAGAGAGCUCUCAAAGCAUGUAGCGAGUGGGGGUGGUAGGUUAGAUCCCGGUACCCUAAGUGCCCUCCUUUUCCUUAAAGAACAUGUGGCAUCUACUCCAGCUCGCUGCAUUGCUGAUCGGUCGUGCUACACUUGGCACCUGUACGUCGAUGCUUCCAAUGACGAUUCUAAGUCUGGCAUCGGGGGUAUACUCAUUGCAGAGACCGGCUCCUACAUCGGGCAUUUCAGCGAGUAUCUUGACGAGACAACUUUGGCCGAUUUGAAUACCUCUGGAAGCGAGAAUCCAAUAUUCGAACUUGAAUGCUUCGCUAUUUGGUGUGGCAUUUGCAGCUGGGCCCGACUUUUCCGACAUUGUCAUUUGAUUAUCUUUACUGACAAUGAUGGCGCUUUGCAUUCCAUGAUUAAUGGACGCAGCGAGAACGAUUCAGGUGGCCGGAUUGUUUCUGCCACGCACAAUCUUCUUGACGAGCACUUUGUACAUCCGUGGUUCGAGCGGGUUAAUACCAGCUCGAAUAUAGCUGACUUUCCAUCAAGAGGGAUAUCCAAACAAGAGUGGGGCAUCAAAGUUUCGCUUGACUUUCAACGUCUCGCACGAGUGGCAAG